AGCAACUUGAUCUUUUUAACUCAUUCUGCGUUAAAAGUCUUACGAGAGUGCAUCUUACGUCAUCAACGCGCGCUCUCACCACAACACACUUUUCAUUUUCUGCCUUUAUUUGAAUAUUUUCCUUUUUUGGUUCUGUGACUAUUUCUAGUGUAGUGUAGUUUCAAGUGAUACUAUGGAUUAUCAAUUAAUCUCAAGAAGAAAGUAAUUUCGAAAUGCAAGGCAUUGUCUUCAUGCCCCAAAAUUCUCAAGGCUUGCUGCCACCAUCCAACAAUUUAGAAAUGGAAGUGGCCCCCAAACCAAACUUAAUCACCAAAGAAAAGCUGUACAACCAAAGCACCAGAAGCGAUUCGGGAAUAUUCUCCACGACCAACACCACCAUAGAGCAUAACUCAGAAGACAGUGAUAACAGGAGCGAUUGCAGCAGUCCGGAAAGAAAAUACGUCUGCCCUAUAUGCGAUACGAUGUUGACGUCACAACACGACUUCACUUUACACAUACGAUCCCAUAAUAACGAAGCCGAGGUUCAGGAUAAUGAAAAGGGGUUCACCUGCAGAAUCUGCAACAAAGUUCUGUCCUCUAGUUCGAGCUUGGAUCGCCAUGUGCUUGUUCAUAGUGGGGAGAGGCCUUUCCACUGCAAGUACUGCGGUGAUACCUUUACAACAAAUGGAAAUAUGCAUCGGCACAUGAGAACACACUCGAAUAAACCGGAGAAUUACGAAAGCGACGGAAGCACUGAUAGCAACGUUAGCAGCUCUAAAAGCACCGAAUUUAAUAACAAUAAAAUUGAAAAGAAACGUAAGCUCGAAGUUGUCAUCGAAGAAACCAACAAAAAACCUCGGCAAGACGAAAUUUUCAAGUGCCCAGUGUGCGAAAGAUCAGACUUCAAUACCAUAGCAAACUUGGAGAUGCAUUUGGAAGACAACCACCCAGACUACCCCGCUAAGUGUAAUCAAUGCAACCAAACAUUCCCGAAUAACAAACUUCUAUUAAACCAUAAAGUUACAGCUCAUGAAAGCAGCCCAAGUAAAACACCCAUUAUGGGCUUCAAGGAUCUUACUUUUGUAGAUUUCUCCAGUCAAAAAUUCCCGCAUAUCGCUCGCUACGAAUGCGAAAUGAACAUACAUAAAGCCGCGAGUGGGUUGAAGUUUCAAUGCCACAAAUGUUUCAGAGCUUUCCCGUGCUCCAGCUCUCUGGAAAUCCACGAUAAAGAUUGCGGUUUUAUAGGUAAUGGUUUGGAUUUAUCUAGGACUUCCAUACCAGAGUCUGACAUCAAAAGGAUGGAGUUUUUUAAAAGGUUAAACCUACAGGAUAACUCCCCCGAGAAAUAUAUGCCUGCAGUGGAACCUAACAAGCUUAGAGAACAGCUAGUCAAAGCUAUAACUGAAAACCCCAAAGAUCUUGCUGAUAUACAAUCAAUUCUAUCGAAUAUCAACCUAAAGCAGUUUCAAAAACAAAAUGAACUACGAUUGGCACCCUCCAACAAACCACCAAUGGAUAUUUCUCCUGACAACAACAAGAACGAUCAAGAGGAAGAAACUCAAGAUCAAUUCGCAGUAGAGUUCCGUAAAAUGAAACUACGUGGUGAAUUUCCUUGCAGAUUAUGCACAGCAGUUUUCCCAAACCUACGUGCCCUCAAAGGGCACAACAGAGCCCACUUAAAUGGCAACAACAACGGUACAUAUCACUGCAACAUGUGCCCACAUUCGUCAAUUGACAAAGCUGCUUUAAUCAGGCAUAUGAGAACGCACAACGGUGAUAGGCCCUAUGAAUGUUCCAUCUGCAACUAUGCUUUUACCACCAAAGCAAAUUGUGAAAGGCACUUACGAAAUAGACAUUCCAAAACCACCAGGGAAGAUGUAAAGAAGUCUAUAAUAUACCACCCAUCUGAAGAUCCAACCAACGAAGACUUGAACAAGCUUGCAGCCAAAGAUGACUGUAAGAAGUUAAAUAUAAGUUGUUCCACUGAUGGAGGCGAUAUAACUCCAGAAAAAGUACAUUGUUCCACACCAAAAUUGGACACACUAAAGUCUUUAUCCGAGAUGAAACCCGAUAUUCAAGCUCCACUACCUUUAUUCCCAGACUUACAAUCUUUCAAACACUUACAGAUGCCUAUUAAUAAGGAACCAAAGAUGUUUAACAAUAUCAACGACAUAAUUCGCAACGAAAACUUACGAUCCUUAAAAGAACACAAGCUACAGUUCAAUGGUUUGCUUCAGCCACAAUUCUAUGCGCAAAAUUUGCACCAACUUCCACAAAACUUAACAAAAAUCCAAGUUAAGAGCAUCGAAACCUUGAAAGACAACCAAUACAACAGUAACAAUAAUUCUGAAGACGAAUACGUGGAUGAGGAAGAAGAUGAGGAAGAACCAAUGGAUUUAGUGUUGGAUUUAAGUAAGAAGAAGAUGGAUGAGGAUAAGAAGAAAGUAGAGGAAAAAGUGCAUGAAGAAAUCCCACAAGAUUUAACGAAGAAAAUUCCAUUUAAACCUCCGUACUUCCCCGCUGAGAUUUUGGCUGCACAACAACUAUUAAAAACUCAACCAAAGAUUGAUCCAGCAGCUUUGUAUCAGGCUACGCAGUGGGCCAAUAUGUACAGAAAUAGUUUUUCUGGAUUGGGAGGACUCAAUUUUCCUAUUAAUCCUUUAUUAUUCCCGUCGCUUCCGAAUCCUUUAACAACACCAAAUACUGAGGAUUUAAAAAAUAAAAUGCGAAUGCAAAUGUGUGGUGGAUCGAUGAUUAACGAGUUUAAAGCUUUGCAGAAUAUGCAAGCAUCGAGAUUCAACUUGGGUUUUAAUGGUUUUAAAAUGAAUGAAGCUAAUAAACAAGAGUUAAAACAAGAUAGUUACCCUGUACCAAAGAAACCCGAAGAAAUGAAACCACUGAAUGUGGAUACAAGUUUUUCCGAUAGUAUGUCCAAAAUGCAUAGCCCCAUUUCACAAGGCAAAGCAGACAUAAUACAGUCACCAAACUCCGUUAAAAUGGUCAUCAAAAACGGUGUAUUAAUGCCUAAACAAAAACAACGAAGAUACAGAACCGAACGUCCUUUUACCUGCGAACAUUGCUCAGCGAGAUUUACUCUACGUUCGAACAUGGAGAGACAUAUUAAACAGCAACAUCCGCAAUUUUGGUCACAAAGGCAGCGGGGACAUGUUGGCAACCCUGGGCGCAAAGCGCAAGGGGUGCCAAUCAAACCAAACUUUUGCGAUCUCAGCAUUCCAAACUACGAGGUCAAAAGUUAUGAUAUCGAAGAAGUUAAAGACCAAAUCAGUGAUAAAUUAAAGUUUGCGAUUUUGGCGCAACACUUAAGAGUCAAGCAAGAAAAUAAAAAAGAGGAAGACGAAGAAGCACCUUUAGUCAUAGAUGAGAAUGAAGGUAAAGAUAUAAAGACUGAAGAAAACCAAAGAGAGUACACAUCGAGCAACAUUUUGGAGGAAAAGUUAAAGGAAUUGAAAGCCAAGUGCAAAAACGAGAAAUUGAAGAAUGAAGAGGAUCUGGUGCCGGUUUCCAGACUUCUUGAUAACGCUUCUCAACAGCAGUUCAAAGAAUACUUCAAGAGGGACAAUGAAGAGCACGAAGUUGGAGCCAAUUCUGAAGAGGAUGAAGAUGGUUUGGUAGCCAGUGGGAGCACUAGUGAGGGGAAUAUUUCUGGCACAGAUGAAAACAGAUCAGAAUCUGAUACCACAGUCCCGGUAAAGAAAAAAUCCGCUUACUCCUUGGCACCGAACAGAGUAAGCUGCCCUUAUUGCAGCAGAAAAUUCCCGUGGACAUCCUCUUUGAGACGCCACAUCUUAACCCACACUGGUCAGAAACCCUUUAAGUGCAGCCAUUGCCCGCUUCUAUUUACAACUAAAUCAAACUGCGAUCGUCAUCUGUUACGCAAACAUGGCAACGCUGCUACAACAAUUACCAACGAAAGUGUUAACAAUAAUAACAACAGUAAUUAUUUGAUGAGGAAUGUUCCUGAAAGGCCUUUUAAGUGCUCCAGUUGUCCCAGCAGCACCUUUUCGACGUAUUCCAAUCUAAAGAAACAUAUCAGUUGUAAGCACUCAACUAACGCUCAGGGUGACGAUAUCAAAGCUCAAGGUUACGAGGCAGGGAGCUCGGAGGACGAAAAAAUGACGAAUGCCGAAAAAAACGACUGGGAAACACAGCUGUCUUUCAAUAAAUUACCCAUAAACAACGAUAACAAUCAAGUUGGAAAUUCGGACUUACCAUUCAAAUGCCACUUGUGCGAAGGGUCGUUUAGCGAACGUCAAGACGCCUUGGACCACAUCAAAAACAAACACGCCUCUGAAUACGACUUGCUGAUGUCAAAAAACGCUUUGGACACGUCUGCGACCACACCAGAUGACGUGACACACAAUGAAGAUGACGAUAACGAAAUUCGCGGUAAAUUCCCGGAUUAUUCCAACAGGAAAGUCAUCUGCGCGUUUUGUAUGCGCCGGUUUUGGUCCGCUGAAGAUCUGCGUAGACACAUGCGCACUCAUACAGGCGAGCGCCCGUUCAGCUGCGACAUCUGUAAGAGACGGUUCACACUAAAGCACAGCAUGCUGCGUCAUAGGAAGAAACAUAACCUCAAAUCCGAUGGGGAGGUUAACUAUGAUGAGUUGAAUACUGAUGAAGAUAUCAAUGUUGGGUAUGAGAGUUUGGUAAAUAAUGAUCACGAAAAUAAUGUAAGUGAAAGUGAUUGCAAUGAGAGUGGUGAUUUGAUCACUAAUUUGUUAGGUUUAGGGGAUAAAUCUAUCUUAGAUAGAGUGCUGGGUGCCUCUGCUGAUGAUGCGGCUAAAUUAUUGGGGGUUAAGAACGGGGUUAAAGAAUAAUUAUUGUUUUUAUUAUGUUGGGGUUAGGGAUAUUUAUUAUUUUUGAAAUUUAUUAUUAUUGAAUUGUUAUUUAUUUUUUGCAGAAAUAUAAAAUUUCGUUUAGGUGUAUAAUAUGUAAAUUCUUGGAUUUAGUUUUGCUUAGGUCUGUGUAACAUUCCAAGUCUAGUCAGUUACUAUUUUAGGCAUUUAAAAUUGUAGAAAUUAAAUGAAAAUCGAAUGAGUAUAGACUAGUUACAAUUGUAAUAUACCCCUUAUAUUUAAUAUGUUUUGUAUAUAACAAAUUAUAAUACGGUCUAGAAAACCAAAUAUUUAGUUUGUAAAAAAGCGACGUAAACGAUUUUAUAAAUUGUUUUCGUCGAUCCUACCAAGUCUAAAACGUACUAAGCCUUAAAACAUGAAAAAGUGUCUUAAAUUUGCCUUCAGGCUUACAUAUAACACUGUAAAUGUAAAGUAAGCAAUAUUAUAUAAUUAGAACUAUUUUUACACUGAAAUGCAAGUUUGAGACUAAAAUUUUGUAAAUAUAUUGUUAAUUUUUGACUUUAUCGAAAUUUUAUUUAUAGGGAAAAAAUCAAAAUUAUUUUAAGUCAAUCUCAAAUUUGCAUUCAUUUUUUGAAAGCACUGUGUGUAUGGUUAGCAAUUUAGAAAUACGGUUUUGCAGUGAGAUUUUAUAUAAAUUUAGUACGUUUAAUAUUAACGAAUUAACAAUUUGUCGAAUAUUAAACAGUUUUAGGUAUAUGCACGAUUUUUUAUUUGUACAAGCACUUUCAUAAUAAUUUUAGUAUGGUAUUUUCCCACAUUCACGCUGUGUCUUAAAAAAGUAAUAGCUAAGAAAUACUUAAGCGUAUUUCGAAUAAAGCUAAAUUUAUCAAUUUAUAAGCAAUGAGUGAAAAAUAAUAUUUGUAGAAUUAAAGUGUUUUAUCUGGUUGUUAAAUUGCGGUUUAUGUCAAUUUUUUUCUUAUUAUAAUUAUUAUUAAUUUAUUUUUAAUAAUUUG